AUGGCCCCGUUCUACGGUUUCACAGGCAACGAAGUGUUGCCACUUAGCCAAGUCAGGUUGGUCAUCUCGCUCGAGGAGGAGCCACUGAAGAGAACAAGGACCAUAAAUUUUAUUGUAGUAGACGCACCAUUGGCCUACAACGUUAUAUUGGGCCAACCGGCCCUCAACGAGUUCCGAGCGGUGGUGUCCACCUACUGCCAGAAUAUUAAGUUCCUGGUAGACGACAAAGUGGGCAAAGUUAAAGGCUACCAAUUGUCCGCUCGACGAUGCUACGUCGAGAUGGUCAAAUCCGAAGCGAGGGCCACUCGAAAGAACCCGCGCUUAGAGGUGAACGCUAUCAUAGAGAAACCUCCUAUGUAG